AUGUCUAGCAGAAGGCUUCUCUCCGAUGUCUACAAAACCCGUACUCUUCUUCUCGUUGUUGUUGCCCUGUUUUUGAGUAACUGCUGUGCUAAAACAAGUCCCAAUUGUGUCUCCACUUGUCGAAAUAUCCACAACAUCAGUCACCCAUUUCGAGUGAAAGGAGAUCCAGAAAACUGCGGAAACAAGAAAUACGAACUGGAAUGCGAGCAAGAUCGUCUUGUACUGAACUUGUUUUCCUCUGGAAAUUACUACGUCCACGCAAUCAACUACAACAACUAUACAAUCCGACUAGUGGAUGUUGGCUUACAGCCGGGAAAUUGCUCCUCCCUCCCUCUUUAUUCUUUGUCGGAUCUAAACUUUACUUAUUACGAUGAACCGUAUUCCUUACAUCACUUCGACUAUUUUUAUGGUCAUUUUUUUCGAAUGCAAUGGAAUAUAUCCGUAGCACUAUGGUUAGAUUGCGAAAAGCCAGUGAAAAAUUCUCCAUUGUACAUGGGAUUGGGCAGUAAAACUACUUGUAUUGAAAAUGCAACUUCUUCUUCUUCUUCUUCACUCUCCUCCGGGGACAAGAGGCGCUAUUCUUACUUUUUGUUUGGGACUAACUUAAGAGUUUCAGAUGUGGCGAAUCAGUGCGAAGUAGAUGACAUAAUCAUGACAACGUUGCGCUUGCCAGCUUAUAAAAGUGAAGCAAACAUUUCCUUCUCGGAUUUCCACGAUAAAUUGGAGUAUGGGUUUGAGAUUUCCUGGCUGUCCUCUAUCUGUGAACAAUACCCUGGAAGACUAGCCUAUUGCGAAAUUGGGUCUAAUUACACUGCCACUUGCCACUACUACGAUCCAUUCUCAUUUCUAUUCUCAGGAAACUUGUCCUUUCGACGUGCGUAA